CAGAACUGCGCGCCUGCGCAGCGCGAGCCUUGCAGCGCGACCUACUCACAUCCUGCUCGUUAAUAUUCAUGAGCAGGGUUCAGGGCGCCUCUGAUUGGCUCCCGAAUCCAGUUUCCAGGACAACCGAAACAAAACGAACAUUUUCAUUGACUUGAGAAGUGCACGAGCCCUAAAGCUAAAGACAAAUUAAAUAAUACUUUUGGGGGUUAUGGUACUAUUGAAAAAUGGACGAAAAACCAGAACAUGAGGUGAAGAAUGACACAGAGAGGGUGGUGUUAGUGGAUUCAUCAAAUGAGGAAGACAGUUCUCCUGUUACUGCUAAAAAGGAAAAAGAAGGUGUCCCAGCUGAAAUGGUUGCAUCAGAUCUUGAUAAAGAAAACUCUGAAAGAAUGAAAUCUAAUGAAGAGGCCCCUGUUGGAGAAGCAGAAGAGAGCAGUAGAAACGAGCUUCCUGGUGUGGACAACAUCACCAAAAGUGAAGACUUGGAUGUAAAGAUAAAUGAAGUCAAUGAACAGCCAAUGUCCCAUGAGGAGAGUGUUGUUUUUGAGAUCAACAGUCAUGAUUACAGUGGACCUUCCAGCCUGCAUCAGACUCCGGAGAGAGAGAACACCAGUCCUACACAAGAGGAGGACAAGGCGGAAGAAGAGCAAUCCACCGCUGCUCCUGCAGACAGAGUCGACACCGACUAUGAAGAAUACAUGCAGCUCCUCCAGGAGCUGUGUGAAGAGAGAGAUAAAGCCAGCCAACACAGCGGCCACCUGCAGAUGAAGCUGGCAGAGUAUUUCCGUAAGAAGGCCGGGGAGGACGCCCAGCUGGAGAGGAUGAUGCCGGUGUCGGAGCAGCAGCAGGAGUAUGAGAAGUACAUUAACCUCCUGACUCACCUGAAGCAGCAGCUCACCACUGACUCAGAGACCGCUCAGCAGCAGGCAGAGGAGCUGAGGUUACAGUCCCAGGAGAAGCUGGACAUGGUGGAAAAUGAAUGGCGAGCUUUCGUGGCACUGAAGCGUGAUUUAGCUGUGACAUUUCUAAGCCUGGGUAAACAAGCUGCUCAGGCCAAAGUGGAGUCAACCCUGGCAGCAGAGCAGCUUCGGCAGGACGAGCUGAUCAAGCUGCGCCUCAACCACAUCAAGCUGAGGACCAAGAUUCACAGGCUGGAGGCAGAGCUUUGGAACAGAGAGGAACACACCAGGGACCCUCUGAAGCUCCAGUUUGAGCAGUUGCAGGCUGAGAGGCUGGAGCUGAAAAAACACACGGAAAAGCAAAAUGAGGAAUCGUUAAAGAUGCAGAAAAAGAUCAGCAGCAGCUUGGAGGUCCUGUCAAACGUAAAGGAGAAGCUGUUCUGGAGCAAAACGGAGGUCCAGGCCAAGCGAGAGCAGCUGGUCAAGGUGGAUGCCACGGUGGCCAGGAUGAGGGGCCUGCUGACCAAGACUAAGCAGGCACGCAACAGCCUGCAGAGAGACAACCAGAGGUUGAAGGAGUGUUGUGGACUGCUUGGGAACAGGGUCCUGCUGCAAGACUUUGAGGACACCGUGGACUACUCCGAGCACCUAGAAGAACAACUGGAGAAUCUCAAGGGCCGGCAAGCUGAGAUUGUCUUCAGCUGUGGCAGAUGGAGGAAGCAGCUCGGGACAGAUUCAACAUAGAAAAAUCAGGAAUGAAAAUGAGCAUCUGGCCUUGCAGUGUGUAGUUUUAUCCUAUGUGCGUCAACAUGUAUUCACUCCCAAGUAUCACAUUUGGACAUAUGGUCAAGACCUGUUGGCGUCAGCUUGUAACGCAUUGGGGAGCCCCUUAGUGCAAUAGUCCAAGUAAGGAGGUGGCUGGGGUGUAUCAACCGGACUUUCACCCAGGAGACUGGUGUCUGUUUCCAAUGUAAAACAAAAAUCCAACAUUAGGUUGCGUAAAUUGCAUAAGUUAAGCAAGAAACGCUACCUAAGUUAAGCCACGUAAGUAACAUUGUAAUUUUAACACAGACCAUGUUUUUUUUCCUAAACCUAACCACAUUGUGAUGUUUCACAAUGUUAACCACUAUUUGUUCUGCUGGUCUGUAGUGUUAGACCAGUCUGAAAUUUGCUCUAGUCUAAUGCAAGUUAGACUGUUUCACAAAAUCAAAGAUUGAAUAAGUUUAGACCAAAAAAUUAUUAGACACCUUACCCCCAGGCUAGGUCUAAGAUCCUAUGUUACCUUGGUAACCAUCAGUAACAGUCAGUUACAUUACAAACAGCCAAAAAAGGGAAAAUGGCUCAUAAUUUGUGGUUUGCUGCUGAUAUUGUGGAGAGAGUUCUGAGAAGGAAAAAUAGUUUUUAGGGACGCAGUAACCCACUAGAAAUAUACAACAAUGAGGACGUCCUUGGUUGGUUUCGUUUAACUAAGGAAGCUAUCCUGAGUCUGACAGAUGAAUUUGCUGAAGUACUGAGCCCUGCCUCCUGUUCCGUGGUCAAAGUCUAUCUUUGUGAAACAAGGCCCAGAUCCUGGCAUUAUUGUAAAAUCUAUGAUGAUAAAGUCAUUGUUAAAAGCCUAUACAAUCAUGAUGUUUAAUUUAAAAGGGAUUUAAGCAAACAUGGGUAAAGUCAAAGUAAAAAUUUGGGUGUGCGAAGGUACCGCCUUUGUUUUAGUGUUCUUCUUUACAUGUUUACUACAAAAUGGUUAACAGAGAGCUUUAUCACUUCGGUUGAUCACUUAUCCCUCUCAGAGCGGAUGAGCAAAGUGGCAUACGAGCAGGCAAAAACUAGCAGGUUGGCAAUAGUAGGCUGGAUAGUCAGGAGUAAUAUAGUAGAUGACGCAACAAUCCAGCGGCAAAUGGAUAUCAGGCUCUUCCUUAAUUGCUGCCGGUUUAGUGUCAGGUGGGUAUUUGAGAUGAGGUCAGAGCCGCAACCCCAGGAGCAGUGACGCCCAUAACUCCACUGCAAGGAGAGACCAGAGAGUGAGAGAAAGCAGGAGCACACAAACAGACAAAAACCAAAUGGCAACAGGCAUCCAGCAUUCAUUCAAACUGAGAAAUAAAAUCAGAACACUUUCACUUACAUACAGAUAUCAAGGCAGGGGAUUCUGACAGAUUAAUAAAAUUAACUAUGUACAGUUUACCUGAUUUAUUAAAUUUGGCUUCUGGUCUUCAUGAAUAAUUCAUUAACAAAAUCUUCUGUUAGCUUCUUUAGAGGUGAUUCUUAAUUGGAAUUAGCAGUUAACAGUUGAACACUAGCUUGACAGUUAGCUAGUUGUCUUGAUUUUAAACAAUACAGAUUAUUUGUAGGUUAUUUUGCAAAAUAACUCUUGUCUACCUUUAUUUUGUUUUGAGCUGUUUUAUUUUAUUUUUCUUCUGUCUGUUCACUGUGUGGAUAAAAAA